AUGGCUUAUUACAACAUGCACAUUAAAUUUAUAAUUAAUGAUAUUAAAGAUGAAAAUUUAAUUGAUAUUUCAUUAGAUUCAUCUUCAACAAUUUCAUCAUGGUUAAUUGAUUAUUAUUUUACAAAAGCUUAUUUAAAUCAAGUGAAAAAUUCAAAUAAAUCUAUGCAACCAAAUAUUAUUAUUGGUUUACAUGAUAUGUUUAUUAUUUUCCCAAUAAUUCAUUCAACAUUAACGCCAACAGAAUUUAUUCAAUUAUGUAGAAAUAAGUUUCAAGAAAUUAAAGAUAAUAAAAUACUAGAUCAUUAUAAUAAUUAUUUAAAUCGUUGUGGUUUAAAAGAUAUUAUUGAUUUAUUUCAUCAAUCUCCAGAUUCUGAAUUAGCUCAAUUAACUGAUGUUCUUAGUAUAUUAAGACAAAAUAGUUAUUACAUUAAACGACCUAAAUUAUAUAUGAAUUUAAAUAUACAUUCAUUUUCAAUACCAAAAUUUUAG